UUUAUCUUUAAAUAAUUAAAAAUAAUGGUAAGAUAUAAUACUACCGCAUAGGAUUUUUUAAAUCAGAAUAUUUUCAUCCAUAAUUUUUUUUAAAGAAAGCAGACGAUUUAAAUUGUCAAAUCUGGCAACACUGUUACAUUUGUUGUCAUAUUAAAAGUCCAAUCCAAAUGAACGAUGAUAAGAAUUUGUUAGAUUUACCCAACGAAUUGUUGAUCGAAAUUUUUUUGUAUUGCUCCAUCCGUGAUCUGUGUAGACUGCCGCAAACGUCGAAAAGAUUAAGAAAUGUGGUGAAAUCCAAUUACUUAUGGUAUCAGAAAUGGUUGGAAUUGGUUAACGUGUCUGGCUUAUCAUUUGCAGACUACAUAAAACAGCCGACAGAAAAUGACAAUUAUCACUCUCGGUGUAAAAGACUAUGGAACGUUUGUCAGGGUUUCAGAGAAGACUGUGAACUUCCAGUUUGUGAAUAUUGCAAAUUUAAAACUUGUACAAAAGAAUGUCUGGAAAAAUAUGAAAGAAAAAUUUCUAUAGACAUCGGCAGCAAAGUGACUUGGUUUGUAACAUCGACGUUUCUAAUUCAGCGCCAUCCAUCAGUGAUUAUCGGUAGUAUUUCAAAAAAUCAUUCGAAAGACUGCAUUUAUCGAAAUGUGUGUAAUAAAACUGAAUUAUCCUCGUUUCAUAAGGAACGUCAAUUUUGCCUUAUUUGUAACCGAUACAAAGAUUUCAGAAUUGGUGUGGAUCAAGAUGACGUAAUUCCUUUUAAUAAUGACGAUAAACCGUCUACUUCAAAAAUUGUAAAUGAUAAGGAAAUUAAUCCUACUUCGUAUAAUAUAUCAACCGAAUUUUCUUUAUGGGCAGAUUUACAUCAUUACUUUCAAAAUAAGUUUCCUAAUUGCAAAUUAUUUAGUCCAUUAGAUUCUCUUAUUGGCAAUGCAGACUUUAAUAUUUUAGAACAUUAUUUGUAUCAUAUAUUCGAUUACUUUAAAUCACUGGAAGAAAUUCGAAAACCAAAUGUAUCUUUUAUAUUUUGUUUGCCAUUUAAUGCAGAUUUUGAUGUACAGAAGAAUUUAAUCAAAUUUAUAUUUGAAACGAUGCAAGCUUCAAGGAUCUGCUUUGUAAAUAAAGCCUUAUGUAUUGCAUUGUUAAUUGGAACCGAAACCUGUUUAGUGGUAGAUAGUGGUGCAUCCAACACCGUUGUCAGCGUAAUUGUCAAUAACAAUGUUCUGUCUGAAAGAACACAGCACUGUCAAGUUGGCGGAACUUCGAUUUCUAACUAUCUCGCCCAAGUAAUCAAAUUAAAAGGUUUCUUAAAUACUGUGAAUGCUGCAAGUCUAGACGAUAAGAGAGUGAAAGCAUCGUGUUUUCUUUCAUAUAACAUUGCUGCAGAAGAGAAGAGGAAAGUGACAAAAAAACAGAAUAUAUUUGUUCGAUGCACAAGAAAUUCUCAACUUCAAAAAUUGGAAAUGGGUUCAGAGCUGUACCUUGCACCAGAAAUUAUGUAUGCAGAAAUGAACCUGCCCAAUAUGAUCAAACAGGCCAUAAGUGGACUCGACGAGAAUGUGGCAAAGGAAGCAUUAAGUCAUUUACUUUUGACUGGGAAUAACACAGAAUUAAAUGGAUUUGCAACAAGAUUACUCCGGGACCUACAGACUGUCCUGCCCCGGUUCGCCCACGUGGUCGAUGUAAGGGCCUAUGCUGGAAGCAGGAGCUGGGAUGCCGCAGUGGGUGCCACCCGCGUCCCUCUUCCUGAUUCAAACAUGGUGGAACCCGGAGGAUCGUACUUUUUUAUCACGAGGGAAGAAUACGUUCUCUGUGGCCACGCUAAGUAAAUUUGAAAUAAAUUAUAUUAUAUUUCGAAUCGUUAAUGUGUUUCCUACUGACAGGAAUAAUAAUUAAUAUUUUCUUAAAAUUAAAAAUUAUAAAAUCCUUUUGUAUCUUAAGUCUUUUAUUGUUAACUUCUUGUUUCAUUGAAGAAAGGUGGCGUAAUUUGAGAAAAAAAAGACUAACACGGUAAUAAUUUUAGUGAUACAUAUUCUACUUAUCCCGAAAUGUAAUUUUUGUUGUUGCAUUUCUUAACAAUAUAGUAUAAAUGAUUGAUGAUUAUAAUAGAAAAGAUUUAAUAUGCUGUAGAUUUUAUAAAACAGAAAAUUAAGAAUUCUUCGAGAAGGAUGGAUAGUUAAAAAUGUGUAUAUCGAAUUUUGCGAGGGCGAUGGAUUUAAUUUCUUCAGUGUUUGAGAGACUGCAAAGGAGCUUUGUAACUAACUUUCUGAAAGACGAGAGCUUGGCCAAUGCAAACCUUUAAGAUGCAUCACUUGAUGAGAUGCAAUGAAAUUAUGAAAAUGAUAUUCAAUAUAUUUUUUUUUAAAAUAAACUAGACACAUUUGGCCAAUCCAUAUGUCUGUUCUUUAUAGUUGAUCUAAUAAUUUGUAUGCUUUGACCUCGACAUUAAUAACAAAUAUGCAAAAUGUCUAAUACAAUUUUGAUUUUAUCUGAGGUUUAAGUAUAUUGUCAAAGAAUACAACAAUGCUUAGGAUAAAUUAAACUUGGUCGGAGCCACAGAAUGAGUCAGACGAUUUCGGGUGAUGGGAGUCUCAUUUUUGAGGCAUGAAGAGAGAGAGAGAGAGACAGAUGAGGGGGUUGAGGAACUGAAAUUUAUGGAGGACAAAAUUCCACCAUCCUCAUGUCACUCGCAAGUGUGGAUGAUUUGCAAUAUCCUGGAAAAUAUCUUUUAAUGCAUGGUUUGAAUUCUCUUGCCUUUUAUAUUUCAUGUAAUAAAACCCAACUGAGAAAGUGGAAGAAUUGCAGAUCUGAAAGAGAUCGAAGGAAAGAAAAUCCUUUGAAUCAUUGCAUUUCUCUGCGGGCGCCCAAAAUUGUCUUUGGCUCAUUCUGUGGAUCUUGACAAAUCUGAAAUCUUUAAAGAUUUAAAUUCAAACUAUAAGAUGGGCACAUAAAUUUCUCUUUUAUUAUUAAAUUAUAGUUAUUGGUGUCUGAAUGUAAUGAAACUGAUAAGAAAGACAGAUGUUUUGAAUUUUAUAUAUGAUGCAUUGUUUGCUGGUGUUGAUUGACAAGUACACACUUUUGACUCUCUUUCAGAGUGUGAGGAAAAAAUAGAUUAGUGGGGUGCAACACAUGCUCUCCGGAUUGUGGGCGUUUUGACAAUAAAAAUAAAAAUGGUUCAAAUGCUCACCGAUGGAAGAAAUUUGGUGCUGAGGUAUCUGUUUCCAGUCCUUUAUGAUGGCUCACCAAAACCUUGAUUGGCUCUAAUGCAUAGAAUGAAUAUAGAUCUGUUGAUUAAACUUUGUGCACACUUGUUUCCCAUUUGCAGCACUACUUUUCCUACCGGCGAAUAUUAGAACUAUCGUUUUCAUUAUCAAAAUAGUCAUCUGCAAGAUGCACGUGACAAAUACAAUUCUUUCUGCAUAGCACCAUUUUAAUGCAAUUUGUUCCUUAUACUUGCUAUAUCCUUUACUAUUUGGCAUAGUGGCAUCCCUCAUUGGUCCCACAAUAACUUGUUUUUAAUCAUUUAAAAAUUGAAAACACUCACAAAGUUUCCAUCAUUGUCAUUCGGUCAAUUAUUAAUAUGCUGGGUUCUUGCAACAUCAUUAAGUCAUUUAUAAAUACAAAUGGUAUAGCAAUUAUAUAUUUGAACAAAUAAUAUAAAACUACUUCGGCACGUGCAAAUUGCUAAACAAUCAUCAAUACAAUAUUUUUUAUGCGUCUUCUAGUGUGCCUAUGAAAGAAUUUGGAAAAUGUGGAGUAAGCCUCUAUGUUAGUCCUCACUCAAAAGAUUUCAAAGGAUUGUCUGGUUAAGAACAAACUUAGGAUACAUGAGGUUACUGUGCAUUAGUGUGUGAGGCUCCGGAAGUGGGUUGAAAUUCGUGCACCGAAAAUGUUUUAAUUUCGUAUGAAAAAAAAAUUUUAUAAUUAUAACUAUUAUUCUUAUAAUAUUGUAAAAAGAAAUCGUCGAACGCAAAAUGAAUAUUUUAUGUCCAUAUAAGGACAUAUCUAAAAAUUUCUAAGUCGAACUACUCAGGUUAAAACAAUGGAUGAAUUUGAGUACUUAGAUCGAACGUCUUCGAUAGGA